GAGGGAGAGAGGGGGAAUGUGGAGAGGAGUUUUGAAGGGUUGGGGAAGUGGAUUGGGGAGAAUGGUGGGGGAGAUGGUAUGGGAGGGGAGGAGAGGAAGAAAAGAAUGUAUAAAGGCUUUCGACCUCCCGGAGGAAUUAUUCAUGGAGAGAGAACGAUGGAAUUGGUGAGGGAGUUUGGUGUUGAGUAUAUUAGUCCUGCGGGGAGAGAUGCUGCUGUUGUGAAAUUUGGUGGUGGGAAAAAGGAACAGAAACAGGAGAAGAAGGAAGGAGAAGAAGGAGAAGGAGAAGAAGGAGAAGGAGAAGAAGGAGAAGGAGAAGAAGGAGAAGGAGAAGAAGAAAAAGAAGAUUCAAUAGUCAUCCUCCCCUUCAGAUGGUCCACCGUCGACGCAUACUACUACAUGGAAACUUUCUCCAAACUCCGCACCAUCAAAGGAGAAUUACCCGAAGCCGUCCAAACAGAAGAAACGUUGAAGAAAUUCUACAUUGCACAAAUUGAUUCUGCGAUUGCAGAGGGACAAGCACAACAACAAGGAAAAGAAAAAGGAGGAGGAGCAAAAUAUCUCUCUUUCCUCUUCCAUCCUUUUUUGAACGAUUCUCCCGAGCGAUUACAAGUCUUCGAAGACGUGGUGAAAUAUCUGGCAGAGAAGCGAGAUCAGGGCCAGGUGUGGUUGGCGAGAUGUUGUGAUGUGACGGAAUGGAUUCGACAACAUCCGGGAAUGGUGGGCGCGGAUCCUGGAUGGGAUGAGACGGUGUGGAGAUAGGUGAGAUGGUAAGUAA